UACAUGGUUUGAUCAUGGUCGGUCGAAAGGUGGGGAUUGGGAUCCUUCCCUGUCGAAAGAUGAGCACAUGUUCUUUGGACAUCUUUGGACCAUGUCAUCCCGGAACCUCUUCAGCAAUUACUGUAUUCCCUGUUCAGAUACAGAGAUGGUCUACGAUGUUCUCGUGGCACAAGGUUUCGGUCAUGAAUCAAUGUCCUUCUCUCGAUCUAUUUGGGUCAAUGACACCGACGAGACUUUCUUCCUGCACUUCAAGGAUUCCGGAUAAGUUCGAAAUGGUUUGCCGAAUGUCACAAUGGGGACCGUUGAGUUUUCCGAGGUUUCAGAUUUGGCUCCGGCCACCAGUGUUCAGCCAGAGCAGCUGGCAUCAACAAGGAGAUCGACUGAGAGAACCUGUGAUCGGAGAUGCCUCAGUUGUCCUUGCAUGGCUGGUGCGGUUCAUUCUAAAGGCAUCUUAAAACAUCAUGUUGCCAUAUUUUGCCUAGCUAAAAUUGUCCCGGUAUCUUUGAAAACGCUUCAAAACCUCCGAUUCCUCGCCAGCUACAAAUGUCUCCCGUCACAUGGCCGAUGUGGGUCCGGAACUUUGGCACUGCGCCAUGCUUCCCAUCGCCUGAAACCCGGCGCAUACAAAUGUCUCGCUGCUUCGGCAUGUAUUUCUCAUGAUUUAUCAUUGUCAGUGGCGCCAUGUGUCGCCCUUUUCCUCUACGUGACGAGUCGCCUUUUCUAGUGAACUUCAGGACGUCGGACGCUUUCAGUGAAAGGGCCGGUUACGUGCAUUGAAUUGGCCGUUGCGGUCGCAGUUUGGCAGUUAGGCCUUGGGAGCGUUGUGACCACGGCCCGGUUAGGCCUUGGGGUCAAUAACCGUAAAACAACCUAGUUGCAUAUAGGGUAUACCCCAGUACAUGACAUGCACCCCCAAGUAGCGAAAUGGGAUGUGAUUGGCAAGGGUAGAGACUGUUAGAAGAAAUGUCAAGGUCAACAAUGGUGGAAUGGUGCAGAAUAAUGUGCUGAUGUUUGUUGUCUUUCACUCUUUUCAUUUGACACCACAUGUUUGAUGCGCUGCCUCAAUCUGUGGGACUUGGGUUGGGCCGCCGCUGCUGCCGCUUCCCGUAUGUUUGAAGUUUGAACUCGGGGUCCUUGCAACGUCCUCCCGUUGUGUGCCAGAAGGGCAUCCAUGGGAAAGGAAGACUUGGAAGAAGCUCUUCCAGAUGAAGACGGUGAAGGAGAUGACUAUGAUAGAGAUGAGGACUUUGACGGUGACUACCAUGGAAGCGAAGCCUUCGAGCUAAAAGGCUCUGAAGAACUGGCCAUGGAUUAUGACGUCUUUGGCAAAUAUGUCAAGAGUGCUCAGAUGGAAAACGGAAAGCCGGUCUUCCUGGGGCCCAAAACUGAGGGCUCACGUCCAAGCAUUGCCUUCACAAUGGCAGCAGAUGGAAAGCCAACAUGGUGGGUUUGCGACGCGUCAGGCGGCGAAUGCUUUUACGCAGAGUCAGAUUCCGACAUCCCUCCAAGGAAAGGUUGGCGAAAAGAAUACUCAGAGGAUGAGUUGGAAGUUGUCUUGGAAGCCUGCGAGGGCAUGGAUGGAGAGAAGGACUCUCGAGCUCGCUCGCGGAGCCCUCGACGUGAGAAGUGCCCAUGGUAGAUCCGGCACCGCCACGACAAGCCGUGGGCACAAGAACCCAUUUGAUCUCAAGAGCUUGCGUGGACGUGAUCAAUUCAGUUUUAAAAAA